AUGAGUACGAGCAAUAUAGGCACCAGUAGUGCUGCCGAUGAUAUUGACUUCAAUAAACUGUCCCUUGAGGAAAAACUGAAUCAUAGAAACUGGAAAGGUAGGUUGUUAGGAUACCAGGAAUUGAUAAAAGUGUUCAACAAUGCCGUGGAUAGUAACAACUUGCAAAUUAAAAAAUUCUGGAAUGAUCCAUCACAUUUUGAAUCGUAUCUGUUGGAUAGCAAUGUCGUGAGCCACGAACAAGCUGUUAUUGCUUUGGAGGCAUUGAUUACAUUCAUGAAACCAUUAACAAAUGAUCUUGGAAACAAGUCCCACAAAUUUUUGAACGCAUGGAUCCCUUCGUUGAUCGAAAAGGGUUUGGGAUCAUCUAGACAGCAUACAAGAGACGUAUCAACAAAUUGUAUACUGUCAUUAUGUUCCUUGGAUAAUUCUAUUGAAACCACAAUUGAACUGUCCAUACCAUUUUUAGAUAAAAAAUUACCUAGACUUUUGUCUGCAACACUUAAUAUCAUUUCAAAAUUAAUAUCAAUAUAUGGUAUAGUAAAUAUUAAAAAUUUAUUGAUAUUCUUCAAUCACGUAUUAGAAUAUAUUCCUAAAUUAGCUAGCCAUGCAGAUAAAACCGUGAGAGCAGAAUCAUUAAAUGUGGUAUUACAAAUAUAUAUAAUAAUCCAUAAUGACACUGAUUACAAUAAAUUCUUACAAGACUUUAUUAAUGAUAAUUUGAAAAAUAUUCAACAACGUGAAUUAACUAAAAUGUUUGAAACUGCCCAAUUCGAUAACUUAAAUCAAUUCGCACCUUUCGAAAAUAUUAGAAGAACAAAUGAAAUUAAAAAUGAAAUUACAAAUAUCGAUGGCGAUGGCGAUACAAUUAUGCUUGAUGGGAAUAACAACAAUGGGAUUGAUUUAUCUAUAUCCAUAGAUGCCCAAGAACCAAAUAGGAUCGAUCCCUUCACAUUACUACCUGUAGAGACAAUUUUAGAUAAAUUACCUGAACAGUUUUAUGAACGUGCUCAAUCAUCUAAAUGGAAGGAUAGGGUGGAAGCUCUUGAAGAAUUUAAUAACAAUACUUUAACUAAAGUUAAGAAAAUCGAUCCCAAGGCAAAUUAUACUACAUUAUUAGAUAUUUAUGCAACAAUACUUUCAAAGGAUGUAAAUUUACAAGCUGUAACAUUAUCAACAGAAUCAAUUGAUCAAAUAUUUACUAAAUUAGGAAAAAAUGAUCUACAUAAAAAUUAUUGUAUUCUGGUGUUUGGUCCAUUAUUAUCAAGAACUAAAGAGAAGAAGGCUACUACAAUUGAACCAAUUCGUAAUUGUUUGAAAAUGAUAUGUAAUCAUUAUAAUCCGUUAAUUGCAGAAAAUGAUGAAUUUUUGAUCGAACUUUUGGUAGCAAUGAAACAUAAAAUUCCUCAAAUUAGACUGGAGUGUACUAUCCUCUUCACUAAUUUGCUUCAAAACAUGAAACAAAUAGAUAAAAAAAGUAUUUUGAAAAGAUUGAAUCAAGAGAAUGAUCCUGAGUCCAUCCUACCAAUUGUUAUUAAGAUUGUAAAUGAUACACAACCAACAAUUAGAAAUGCAGGGUUUGAAUGUUUGGCUACCCUGAUCAAAAUAUUUGGCGAAAGAUACUUUAAUGAUAGUUUAGAACAUUUAGAUAAUAUGAAGAGAAAUAAAAUUACUGAUUUGGUGACGUCGUUACCAAAUUUUGAUAAAGAUAAUGAUCAAAGACAGAUUAUCCCAUCCAAAAGAGGUCCUCCUCAAAGAGUCACAUCUUUACAGAAUACAUCACCAAAAAGAUCGAAUAAUUCGAUACGGAACGAUGAACAUUCUUUAAAAAAUAUAAAAUUGACUAAGAUUAACAAUGUCUCUCCAAAAGUGGAAUCAAAGACAACAUUCGAAAGACAACAGAAUACUAUCAACGAAAUGCAUACAAGUCAACCAACUCCUAGUGCUGUUGUAAACACAUUGAAAAAGGAAAACAUGAUAUUAAAUAGAGAAAGGACAAAUUUAUCGAGUCAAUUAGCUCAAUCAAAGAAAGACAAUGAAUUAUUAUUGAAUGAAAAUAAAAAUUUAAAAGAAGAAAAAAUAUUCUUGAAAAAAACUAUUGUAGAUAAAGAAUCGAAUUUGGAAGAGAAAUUGAGUGAAGUGAAAGCUCUAAAUGAAAAAAUUAAUACGUUAGAACAACAAAUCAUUAACCUAAGAGAAAGCCAAAUCCAACCGCCAGUUAGUAACGGUAGAACAUUGAGCGAAAAAGGCUCAAGUGAUGACCUGAGAAGAGGUGUUGGCUCUCUGCGACUAAAUUCUAGCAUAGAAUCUACUACAUCUUCAAACUUGAACUUGAACUUCGGAAUGGAUAAGGAUCAUAAUAAUUUAAAGAUUAUCAAUAGCGACAAUGAAGAAAGUUGGAAACGUGCUGCAGAAGUUACGAAAAUGUUAAAGGAAAGAAUUGAAAGGAUGAGAUCCAGAACAAAAUAA